AUGCCAUUCACCGAGUGUCUGCCUCAGUCUAAAGAAAAUCAAAUCAUUCCUGGUUACUCUGCAUAUGAAUAUUUAAAUGAACCAAAAAAACGUAUGUUAAAUGGACUUAGAUUUCAAGAAUUACUACGUUUACAAAAAUUAAAAGAUAGUGCUAAAUGGCUUGAAGAUCUAGGGAAACGUUCUUCAAUUUAUGGAAUAAAUUCAUUAGCUGAUGAUGAAUAUGAUUGA